AUGGACCUAUGCACAAUCAACGAUGAGUGGGCGAAGAUCGCCACUAACAAGCGCGUCCAAGCGGCGCUGCUGAAGCUCGGAGUGGAAGAGAGCAUGAUGGAGGAGCGGCUCAGGCAGAUGCAGGAGAGCCUCUUCGGACGAAGGACAGGCCCAGGUGGGCAGGAUCAAGAUGGGGAGGCCGAAGAGAACGAAUCCAAUGACGGCUUGUCUUUCGAUGAGUUUGUGGAGCAGGUGAUUGACCUACGCAUGGAUACGCCAGCUGGCGCUCUCGACGUGGAGAUGCUGAAGGCCACUACCAGCUCGGAGCACAAGACACUCCGGCGGCGGCUGAUGUACGUGGAGUCGGAGCUCAGAAAGAUGCUCGGGGUUCCGAAGACUGCAAAUCUCAAGACCUUGAGCAGCAUGCACAGCAUGGAGGAGAACGCCUUCAUGCAUGCUACCGCCCGGAUAGACUCAGUCACCUCCAUGAUGCAAGACAACGUCCAGCACAUGGAGUCGUUGGCUCGUUCCCAGGAGGAGAGCACAAAAACGCUUGGGAGUACAAAAACUCUCGGCGCAUCUGACGAAGACCGCUUUCUCUCAGAGGUCCCCAUCGAGUUGCUCUUCGCGGUGCUAAAGGCCCGGGCAGCACAUGAGCCACCCCUGGAUGACGGCUGA